GGGCGGCCCCGUGUGGCAGGAGGAGAGCGAUACACGACACCCCGGCGGAGCGCGCAGAGAAGGGGGGUCAAACACCGCCAAGAGAGAGUGGAAAAAGAAAAGUCUUGCGGAAAAAGCGGAGUUAGCGAGUUGGCUUGGGCACUUUUGUUCAUUUGCGCGGAGCUUUCUGUGUAUUUGCAGCAAAGGAGAGGAGGAUGUUGAGGCGGGUGGAGCGACCAUGCGACAUCGUUACAACAAAGUGGAUGGACGCGUAGACUGGCUGCAUUCCGCUGCUCCAAAACAGACCCAAACUUCACCCACCCAGCGCCAUUCAAACCCGAACGAGUGGACUUCCCCCCGGACAACUUUUCUCGCCACACUCCCCUCUCCAACGAGCCACUGCCGCUGCGUAAAACUUUCCCAAACACGCGUGAAUGUGCACUUGUGGUAAAAAAAAGGACUCCUACGCUGAGUUAGUUGUUACAAAGUAGUUUUCAAAGGCAGUGAAGAGGAGGAGGAGGAGGACUGUGGUGCGGUGCCGCGGCUAACUGCUAGAGCGCAAAGUUAAGUUACCAAACGUCGGGGGGAAAAAGUGCCUGAAGCGAACAGCCGAAGAAAGCAACAAAGAUGAAAACCCCGGCAAAUUCGGGGUUUGCUUUCCCGGAGUGGGCCUACAAACCAGAAUCCAGCCCCGGCUCCAGGCAGAUCCAGCUGUGGCACUUCAUCCUGGAGCUGCUGAGGAAGGAGGAGUACCAUGAGGUCAUUGCGUGGCAGGGCGACUACGGCGAGUUCGUCAUCAAAGACCCUGACGAGGUGGCCCGUCUGUGGGGGGCACGCAAGUGCAAGCCCCAAAUGAACUACGACAAACUCAGCAGAGCACUCAGAUAUUACUAUAACAAGCGGAUCCUCCACAAAACCAAGGGCAAAAGGUUCACCUACAAAUUCAACUUCAACAAACUGGUGCUGGUCAACUACCCCUUCAUCGACAUGGGCUCAGGUCGAGGUGUCCCCCAAAGUGCCCCUCCCGUUCCCUCUGGAGGCACCCACUUCCGCUUCCCCCCCUCCACCCCCUCAGACGUGCUGUCGUCUAGUGAGGAGCUGCGCAGUCCGGGCAUGUACAGCGCAGUCAGCAGGCGCAUGGCUCGGGGCUCCGUCAGCGACUGCAGCGACGGCACCUCCACCAACUCUGAGCUGGAGGAGGCCGGAGCAGAAGAGAGGGGAGGUGGGGGUCCCGAUCGGGCGUACCGAGGCUUGCUCCCCCCACGCCUCCCCCACGAUUCCCUGUUCAGAGUCUUCGGCGGAGGACCUGGAGGAUUGGCCAGACCGACCCCUCGAGUCCACCCUGAUCCGCUGUCUCCCUUCCCAGUCUCUCCCCUCCCUGGACCGGGUCUUCUGCCUCCGCUGUCCCCUGCUAUGUCUAUGACCCCUACGCCUCAUCUCCCCUUCACCCCCUCCCCCUCUCUGCCCUCCCCCCUUAUGGGAUCCCACUUCUCGUUCAACGCAGAAGACAUGAACCAUUACCUGCAAGCACAUAACCAGUCCGUAUACAACUACCACCUAAGCCCCCGCGCUUUCCUGCCCUAUCCCAACAUCAUUGUCCCACAGCCCCACAGACCCACCCCAGACAAGCCCUCCCUCCUCCACGGCCCACCACUGGGUCUCUCUCACUCCCUUGGGCAGCCAAUCGGGGCAACUGACGAGUUUAAGUUUAAAUUGCAGCCUCCGCCCCUUGGCAGAAAGCACCGGGAAACAGGGAGUACCCCGACUGCUUCCUCCUCCUCCUCAUCGUUGUCUGGGUUUUCAGGGUCUAGCCAGAACCUGAGUACCCCCAGUCUGUCUGCAGUACCACCCAAGAUUAAGGUUGAACGCAUCUCAGACGUGGAGUCAGACGAAGAGGUGGAGGUGACUGACAUCAGUGAGGAGGACGACGACAUGAAUCACCAUGAUGACAGGGAGGAUGACGACGAGGGCGACAUCUUCACGCCUCUGUCCCGUCACCGCAUCCUCCAUCACCAUAGCAACGGGACCGGCAGCAUCGUCGGUCGCCAUGGCAAUGGGAACAUGAGAACCAGCACCCCACCGCCCCCUCCAGCUAAUGGGAUGGCAGAAGAUGAUGACGACGAAGAUGUGUUUAAGACUCCCGCUACCCCUCCCACUGGGACCAUGCCUUUCCCCCUGCUCAAUCUGAAAGCAGAGCCAGGACAAGGCAACAGCGCGCCCAUCAGCCCCGGAGGAACACGCUGCAUCCCGCUCAAACUGAGGUUCAAACGACGCUGGAGCGAAGAUCAAAAGACAGAGGCAGAUGGUAGAGAUGUUGAGCGGGAUGGCGAGGCAGAGGAUAAGAAAGUCCGCGCCGAUGGAGAGGAGGCUAUGGAGGAGGACCAGAGGGGGGCAGAGGAGGAGUCCAUGCCUGCACGAGGAGCAGUGAUCCUGGGGUUAACUCUCCCACCUCCCCCUGUACAGCGGCGGGGCAGUUCAGAGCUUCAGAGGGCAACUGCACAGCUGUCCCUGGAAAACCCAACCUGCUGAGACCCAAUGACACAUAGAUACGAAAGACGUACUGGCUUCUUGUUGACGCAGACCAUAGGCAAGAUCGUAGCAAGUUUUAGCCAUUAGCCAAAGUUCAACCAUUGGCAUAGUAAAGUGAUAGUGUAUUUUUGUAUAUUAAAUAGUGGCUUCUUAACAAACAUAUAGCAGACCAAGCAUCUAUUUUUACUUGUUAAAUAAUUUUUAUAACCAUAUUUUAUCCCAAAGUUUGUAUCAAAAAUGAGACAUAAUGUGGGCAUUUUUACCAGGCAAAUCACUAUUAUAUCUAGCCAUUUAAAGACCCCUUUGCUAUUACAUGCCAGGAUGCAGUAUAUAUUUUAUUCUGCAUAAAGAGGCAAUUUCCAAAGCACAAUAUGUAUAUAUAAAGUAAAAAAAUUAUGGACACUCCUCAUGAUGGCACACAAAAUUUCCAAAAUAUAGGAAUGCUAAUGAUUAUUAGCAUUUCAGUAUUAGCAUUAGCUUUGAAGUUUGUCAGUGUUUGAAUCCUGGCCUGUACUGUCAACAAGCAGCUCUCAGUUUUUGUGAUCUAUGUGGAGCCAUUGUACUAAAGCCUGCAUUGCCUCCAAAACAACAUGGACACUAUUAAAGAAAAACUAUAAAUCUUCAACUUGCAACAAAAAAUGGAAAAGACAAACUACAUUGGUCCUUCUCUGGACUUAUAAAGAGCUGUGGGAUUCAUUCACACUGCCUUUUUCAAAGUCUGUUGGUGCCAGUUUAGCCUGCCAGCCUCUUGCAUCUCACCAUGUGCCCAGAAUAUGUUUUAACACGAUCUACUGGCAGCAAGCGAGCAUUGUUACUAAAAUACCAAUCGCUUUGUUUAGAGGACAUGUACAGCGCAAUUUGUCACUAGCAAGGCGCCUCUUUGCUUUCAUUUCCACAUUGUUACUCAAUACUCAAUACACAAAAUCUGUCUUCAAGGUGCACUAUGUAACUUUUCUGGUGGAAGGUAUACCACUUGGUUGUCUCCAUAGAGAUGUUAUUGCUUUGCCCGGAAUGUUAUUUAGUAUGGCAUUAAACUCAUCGCUCUUUCAUCUACUCAAUUACAAGUCUUUUUAUGGCUAAAGAAACAUGCAUACGAGUGCUUCUCCUCAGAUCAGACAUGUAACUUGAAGUAAUGAUGCCAGCUACAUGUCGACAUGAAGAAAAUUUCAAUGCCAUACUCUAGAAAAUUUCAGGCAAAGCAGUCUCCAUAGAGACCAUCAGAAACAUUAAAUAGUGCAUCUUUAUUCAUUUUAUUUUUGGCCCAUCCAUGGAAGUGCCUCCCUUGUCAUCAUGCAGUCAAUUUUACCAUCCAGCGAACUUGCAAUUUCUUUCUUGGAAAUGUCUAAAAGACUCCCACAGGUGAGACAAAAUUAUCCUAUCACCCACACUACAUUGUAUAAAGACAUUAAAAGCAGGCAUAUUUGUACAAAGAUGAGCUACGAACUUUGAAAUACUGGCAUUUGUUAACCACCAAAUGGACUUAAUGUUGCUAUAUUGUACAGAUAAUCAAAUGUUUGCUUGUUGAGAGAGCGCGAACACGGCAGGAGGGUUGAAAUUAGGAAGAAGCGACUUGCCAAGACUGCUAUUAGUCCUUGUUUGAACUAUCACGGAUACAGUGAGGAGGAGUGAAUACAACCCAGUGCAGAAGACACCAUUCAUUCCCUUUUGUUUUGCCUAAAGACGCUAAAAUCGUGCCUCUUAUUGACUUGCACCCUCGAUAUGUAUUAUUAUUACUAAGGGCAUUUGCGGUGAUGUAUUAUAGCCGUGUUUUUGUUCAUAGUUCUUGAGAUGCGAAAUAUCUUGGGAACAAUGUAAAACGAAUGUUAAGCAUCAAGGUUAACUCAGGCAAAACCUUUACUGAGAAGAAACAACUUAUUUUUAUGUAUUAUUUUACAAAAGAGACAAUACCCCCAUUUUAAACCUAUAUAUUUAAAUGGUGCCUUUUUAAACGCCAAUGUUUUCUCUAGUUACCCCCCUGCAAACUUCACACUACAACCAUCAUGCCUUCAACCUUUUGUAAGAAUACCUACAGAAUUACGCAUAUAUUUUAUUCAAAUAUAUAUUGAAGUCAAAUGUUAUAUUUCAGUACGGAUUUGAUACAAGAAAUCAGGAAGAUGCUAUUUUUAAUGGUAAUGGUUUGUAAAUAUUGUAACGGGCAUAUUAUCAGCAGUAUCUCCUGCCUUAGCAUUUCACCCUAGCCUUCUUAUUCUUGAGCUGUCUUUAUGUAAAAUAAUUAUCCAUUCAGGAGAAUGUCUAGAAAAAUUUUGGGUCAAAAUUGUACUUUUUAUUUUCCUUUGGUGGGGUUGACGUCGGUCUAAAGCAGACAGUACUAGUAAACAUUUUUAAGACUUUGUUUGCACUUGCUUUGUAGUACGUUUUGAAUUCUCGCCCCAUUGUAAAACUAUUCACUGUUUUGACCCAAAUAUAGAGGGAUACUGUAACAAAGUGAUAUUUAAUGAUGAAUUUUUAUGUAACCUAAUCAGAUAAAGGUACCUUCUCUGGUGGGGAAAUGGGUCAGGCAUUUAUUUGGGGGUCGGGCAUCUAUUGCUUUGCUUAUAAGGUUCCACAGUAUGAUAUUAAAAUGAUCCGACAAUGAUCCAUGACAACAAGCAGAUGAUACCACUAGACCAAGUAACAUGUAAGAUCUGUGAGAAGUGACACAUUUUGAGUCAUAAACAACCUGUAAUUGAAAAGAUACAAGAGAGGUAAGUUUUAUGUCAUACUUUGGAACAUCCCAGACAAAGCAAUAACAUGUUUAAGACGACCAGGUAGUGGACCCUCAACUAGACAAGUUGCAUAGCGCACCUUUUAAAGUAGCUUAUUUUGAUAAACUAUGAACUCUAAAUCAUCUAUGACCAUCUUUAUUCAAGUUAAUCCUGCCGUCUGCUGUUUAAAGACGUAAUUACUUGAUACUUGCACGCACUGGAAAUUCCGUCAGAAAACCUUGUUGCGGGAUCGGGAGACAGGGACUUCCCAUAAGUGCUGCUUUGGUUUGUGCCAGUGGAAAUGUGAUCCUACAUCUCUGCCAUCGACAUGCAUCAUUUAGCAGAGGGCUCACCACUCCUGGCCUAUUCACGCUCAGAAACCGCAGUUCAGCUCAUAUGUAACCUUUUUGACAAUUACAUUAUUAAAUUCAAAUUAUCAUCCAUGAUUUUCAGUGAGGGCCAUUUUGAGCCCUGCAAUUUGUAAUCAAGCAUGUCUAUUUUACUACCCAAUUGAAAAAUAUUAUAAAUAACUAUAUUCUGUAUAAUUUUGUUAAAUUUAUUAGCCUAACCACCAACUAAGUCAGUAUAUAGGUGACUUUAUAGACCAUUCUAUAUAUUAGAUAAGAGUUCAUAAUGCAGGUUAUAUGGUUUCACUGCGAAUAACUUUAUUGUUGCAUUGACAAAGUUACUCUAAGUCCAGAAUUCAUUUAUAUAAAACACAUGCUAGUAUAAUUUGCCACAUUUAAAUUAACAACUACUCUACCAGUCAAAACGUUGGACACAUUUUCUAUGAUUAUUUACACUAUCGAUUCUCACCGAAGGCAUCAAAACAAUGAACGGACACAUGGAAUUUAGUUAACAAAAAAUACUUUGAAUAUUUCAAUAUAAAAUAUUAAAAAAAAGGUUUUAGUAGUAACUUUUCUUUGAUACAUAAAUCCAUACAUCUUAUCAUAUGUGAUGUCUUCUGUAUGUAUAUAAAAUGUAGAAAAAGUUGCAAAGAUAAAAGAAAAUGCUGAAUUUGAGGGUGUGUCCAAACUUUUGACUGGUAGUGUAGUUGUCUAAAAUUCAUUUCUUAUUCAUAUCUGCUUCUCUUAACUUGAGGAAACCAGAAUAUAAGAAAUAUAAGAAAAUGUAUGUCCAAAACUCUAAAUUCAUCAUCUAAAAUGUUGCUUUGUUCCAGUCGAUCCCCUCUCAUUGUAUUUCUGUAUACUUUCAAACAUAUUACUGUUACUAUUGUAAUUAUUAUAUUAACUUUUGGAUUAUUUUGUAUACAGUCUCUCCUCCAUCUUUGAAUUUCUGUUCAGUUUUGCACUCAUUCAUUGACCUGUUUAAGUUCAUGCUUCAUGUAUUUUUUAACCUGAUUUUAUAACCAAUAUGGAUAAGAGGAGGGUCAUAUUUCCCCAUUUUGUUAAAUAGAGGGGAGAGCAAUUGUUUAAAUUUUUUUGGUAUUGUGUAUAUAUAAUUUUUUUCAUUUUUUUGGAGGAUUCUGUAAGAAAAACCUUAUACUGUUUAUUAAUAUCCAUUGUGAUUUUUGAAUUGUCUCUUUGGGUUGUGCCUUUGUCGGGACGUCCUGUACUUUCAUUUCUCUUCUCUCUGUUCAUCUACAUUUGUAAUUACACAAUAAUCAGGGUUAAUUAAAAGAGGUAAAUGUUU